CCAGAAGGCGGGGAUUGUUUUUGAAGAGAUAAUAAAAUCAAAACAAAAGUCGUUUCAAUUUGCUGUCUGAUAUCACAUUUUGCCUAAGAAUCUUAUCGAGGACGUGACAAUAGAUUAUUCUUUCCUUAGUUCUACUUCAAUUUGAGAGUGUAUUUUGUUUACAAUACUGCUAAAAUACCGACAAAAAUGCCGCUAAAAUACUUCUUACAAUUGUUCAAGAGAAAGUCAACUAGUCAAAAAAGUAAAAAUCUCUCUGAUGACAUUAAAGAAGAACGACCAAGUUCUUUUUAUUGGGUUCUCGCAGGAAUAAGAAUAUUACUUACACUUAUACCGCAAAGAGGUUAUAUACAUCCUGACGAGUUUUUCCAAUCUAUUGAAGUAAUUGCUGGUGAUCGUUUCGACAUAGAUGUCAACAAACCUUGGGAGUUCAAUGUAACAUUCCCAAUAAGAUCACCAUUCAUUUCACAAUUAUCAAUCGGUAUUCCUUAUACACUCAUCAAUAUCAUAUCUCCAUACUUAUGGCAUCUUUUUCAAUACAACAUCAAAACUUCAUAUUUUUUAGUCAUAUUUCCACGAUUACUUAUAUGCCUGUUAUCUUUUGUAACAGACUAUUGUUUAUAUCAAAUUUGCCGUCUCUAUAAAGAAGACUUUCGUAAAAGGCUAGUCAUAUAUGCCAGCUCAUACGUGACCAUGGUUUAUUAUACUCGUACUUUAUCAAAUGCAAUAGAAUCGCUUCUAGUCGCUUUAAUUAUCUAUUACGUGUCUCGAUGUAUCAUACUUUCAGAGAAAAUCGUCGUCCAAAGUGAUUAUUUCUCCGAAGCUUAUGAUAAGGCUCAAAGUAUUGUAGAACGUGUAAAAUAUUACAAACUUCGGGCAUCACUUCCUUCACAUUCUCUCAAUCAUUGUCUUAUAUUAGCAAGUAUUUCAGUAUUAGGUAUUUUUAAUCGACCAACGUUUAUUGCAUUUUUGUUACCUCCAAUAUUUUUCUGGCUCCGAAGAGGCCUUGGAUCACGUAGUGUUAAUCUUUGGGAUUUUCAUAUUCGGAUCGCAAUGUUUAUUAUCUGUGGUAUACCGAUGGUGCUCUUAAUGAUAAUUAUUGAUAGCUUUUAUUUCGGUUACCUCUCUUUGAUAGAAAUAAUGACUCUAGAUAUUGGUUUUAAAAAUUUUGUUGUUACGCCAUUAAAUUUCUUAAAAUACAACUCAGUAUCUAAAAAUCUAGCUAAUCAUGGUCUUCAUCCGCGAUUUUUUCAUUUUUUAAUCAACGUCCCACUCCUAUUUAAUGUCUUGGGUAUCAUUGGACUCAUUACAUCUGCUAAGUUAGCUUAUAGCAUCAUGACACGUCGAUGGUCCGAUUUACCACGAAUUCAAAGCAUUGAAAGCAUGAUGAUUGCUUGUUUCUUAUCUCCUAUAGCUUUAUUAUCUAUCUUUCCUCAUCAAGAACCAAGAUUUAUCAUUCCUACAUUACUGCCAAUAGUUUUUCUCUAUACACCAGUUCUUGAGAAUGCUUCUAAUUUUUCUUCUAUCGGUUGUAGAAAUACCAAUAAAAUAAUUCAUAUUUUGCAAAAAAAUGUCAGAGGAAUUAACAAACUCCAACACAUCUGGUGGAUUUCUAAUAUUUUGCUUAUUAUAUUCUAUGGGUUUAUUCACCAAGGUGGAGUACUAUCAUUAACAACACACUUGGCCAAAGAACUUAAAGCUAAGCCGGAAUUAACACAUGUUCACUUGUAUACUUCUUACAUCUACUCGCUUCCUACAGCUUUAUUAUUAUUAAGGAAUACGCAAAAAACAUAUGUCAGUUCAGCUAAUCAUCGGUAUAAAUUAAAACAAGACUUCUUUCUUUACGAACGAGGAAGCCAAUCAACAAAUUUAGUUUACGAUGAAAUUAAAUUAAAGUUGAACGAGUGUGAAAAGAAAUUUAUAGAUCAAAAAAUACCAUAUAGGAUCUAUUAUGCUAUGCCUCUCAAUUCAUUUAGUGAUUUAAUGGAAUAUACAAUUGUAAAUAAUACGAAAGAGAUUAAUUUUAGUGUAGUUAAAAUUUUCUAUCCACACGUUUCAACUGAAAAAUUACCAACAUUAAAUUUAAAUAUUAUUGAAUGUCUAGUGAUAGAAAAAUUAGAUGUUUGUAUAGAAAAAAUUACACACAAUAUUUUUCAUCAAAUUGUACAAGUUUAUGAGAGUUUUGGAUUAUUACUUUUAAGAAUACAGCGUUCCAAAAAUAAUAAUGUUAUUAUUUAGCACUUGUAGAUUUUA